CUAGGACAACCUAGCUUGCUGUAUCAACUGAUUUACGCGCCCCUGCGUGCCGGAGCAGCGCUGUUAAAUUUGCAAAACCGGACUUGACUGACGACAUAGUCCACAGCAAUCCCUGUAUGAAGUUUUUCUCUAUUAUCAAUUUCAUAGAGCAAACAAGGUCAUUUGUGUACAUCGAAAUCGACACAUAAAGUUCGCGCCACAAGUGCAGGUGCAACUAGGCGAGACAGCGGGCAAUCCAGGCGAGCAGUUCCUGACGACAAACAGUGGAUGCAGAUGGAGCAAAGACGCGAUAGCACUUGACAGCUGCGGCAGCAACGGACACAAUUGAUCGGGGUCACCUGCUGCUGCCGGCCGGGCGCACGCUAAGGCCGGGUGCCGUGCAAAGGAAGUCAAGCUGCCACCCCGCGCGGGCUAACAGCCGUGGUCUUCGGCAAUCAAAAUGGUUACCGGCGUGAUGAUGGAUGGCCCCAAGUCACACGUCGCGGACAGCCCGUCCCGCACCGCGUUUGAGGCGUACAGCGGGAAGGAGAAGGGCAAGGUGGUGGUGUCCAAAAGCUUCAAGGUGGCGCUGGUCGCGCUAGACUGCCUAUUCCUAGGGUUGCAACCGGUGCUAGUGCACUUGUCUAAGAACAGCAAGGGCACCUACUCCUUCCAUCCCGUUGCGGUCAACUUCAUGGUGGAGCUGGCGAAGACGUUGUUUGCGCUCAUUGUGCUGCUGUUCACGUAAGCAAGCAACUGCGCCGCGAUCAGGGGUUGGUUGUGCGUGCGUGCGUGCGUGUGGGGGCGGGAGGGGGCUGCAGCCAUGGCCAGGCUGCGCCGUUCCCUUUGACCGAGUGCGUGUGGAUAUGGGGAAGACUGGCACCGGAGAAACCCACAACGGA